AUGCCGCCAUGUCGACUGAAUCGCCUGGGCGGUCGAUUCGUGCCGCGGCUGGCGAUCUGUGCGGCGACCGUCGUGGCGUGCCCCAGGGCUUGCGGCGUGUUCUUCAGCGGUUUGCAUGGACCCCAUGGUCCGCUUAGAGCGCUGCGUUGCUUCGGGGCGCUCCAACCUGUGUCCCGCGCUGCCACGCGGCGCGCCACGCGCGCCACGAGGUUCUCGGAGAUGGCGGAGGUGUUGGAGCGCUGUGCGCAGGCGCGCGGCAACGGUGCAGUGGCUCAAAAGAAGGUGGAGCUCACGACAAUCUUUCGCAGUAUCAAAGAUGUGGAAGAGAUGAAGUGUGCCUUGAAACUGCUGUUGGGCCACAUGAAGAGGACCCAGGUGGGUACUGCUCUGCUGAUUGCUGCGGCGGAUAAGCUGGGGCUGAACAGUACGAAGAAACCCAAGGAGCAGCUGAAUCACUGGCUGCUGCAGGGCUCUGUGGCAGAUGUUGGAGAAGGUUACCAGAGGCUGUUGAAGAAGGAAAGGCUCUUGAAGAAGGAAAGUCCAAAGGGAUCCCAAAAAGAUGAGCUGACGCAGGUUUGGAAGGAUUUGCUGAAGAUUAGCGACGUGGAAAGCAAGGGCGCUGUGAAGCAGCGCGAAGUCUGGGUGGCAGACCUCACUUUGCGCUGCGGCGCUGUCGGUGCCAAGUACCUCUGUCGGAUGCUGCUGGGCCACGGCCUUCGCAUCGGUGCCUCCAAAAAGACCAUAGCGGCGGCCUUUGCGCAGCAAACAUUGGUGCCCCAUGGGCAUCGGCUGCUGGAGUUGUUAGAGGUGAAUCCGGACAUCGAUGCGGUGGUGGACACUUUGAAAACCAUGGACGGCUCGGAAGUGCCUGCGGCGCAACUCUGGUCGCCCAUCACUCCGGCCUGCGCGCAAGCGGCCAAAAGCGUGGAAGAAGUGAUGGAAAGAAUCAAAAAACAUCGUAAAAAGAUUGGACAGAAAGGAACGGCUCCGUGGAGGGCCGAGUUCAAAUACGAUGGAGAGCGUUUGCAGGUGCAUGUGGACAAGCAGGAGAGGAAGGUGCAGUUGUUUUCACGAAACUUGAAGGAUGUCACUGAGCGGUUUCCGCAGAUCCGAGAGGCACUGCUGGAGUACCAUACCGACUUCCGGCAAGCCAUUUUGGAUGGCGAGGUAACGGCCGUAGAUGGGGAUCGGAUCCUUCCCUUUCAGAUCCUAGCGCGGCGACCCCGCAACAUCUCCCGCACAGAUGUGAAGGCACAUGACUUGGCUGAUGUGCGUUUCUUCGCCUUCGACUGCCUCUUCUUGGACGGUGAGUCCUUGCUACACCAGAGUCUCCAGCAGCGCCUUGAUCGGCUGAACUCCAGCCAGCUGGCGCUCGGUCAAGGUCAACUGGCACUGGCGCAGGGAAAAAACUUCACCACGCCACUGCAGCUGCAGAAGGUCCUUUCCUCUGCCAUCAAUGCGUCCACAGAGGGGCUGAUGCUGAAGAAUUUGGCCGCGCCCUAUGAGCCCGGGAUCCGAACGGCGGAGUGGUUGAAGUUGAAGAAGGACUAUCUGAACAGCAGCCUCAGCGAUUCCGUGGACGGCGUGGUGGUAGGCGUGCGCCGCGGCAAAGGCCGACGCAGCGGAGUCUAUGGCUCCUUCCUGCUGGCGGUGAGGACUUCCGAACCCUCCAGGAGCAGCAAAGGGCGCGGUCGGUUCCAGACCCUCUGCGCGGUCGGGACCGGUCUGAGUGAUGAGGAUCUGAAAGAGUACUACACCCUUUGCCAAUCCCUGGUGCGCGACGAUGACGCCAUUCCCGAAAACUUGCAGACCACCAAAUUCUUGAGCCCGUGGCUUUGGAUCUCGGACAUCAAGAAGGCCCCUGUGAUGGAGAUCACCGGUGCGGACCUCACCACCUCCACGAUCCAUUCCUGCGCCCUGGGCUCGUUGGAGGAUCCUAGUCGUGGCCUGGGUUUGCGCUUUCCUCGCGUGCUGCGGGUACGACGGGAUAAGACUCCUAGGCAAGCGACGACGGCGGAUCAGAUUCUCUCCAUGUACCAAAGCCAGCCCGCUGUAGCAGGCCUACGCUUUAACGGCUGCGAAGGUAUGUCGGAUCUUCAGGGCUUCUGCCUGGGCCGUGCCCACCGGCCUUCGGAACGACGCUUCGUCGCCGAGGUGGUCAGGAAGUGGCCCGAGUUCCGGCCGCUCCACUUCCACUCCCGGCGGGUCUUUCGUCACGGCUUGACCCUGCUCCAGCGGGGCGAGCUGCUUUCACCGGAGCAGCCCCAAGGCGCCUUCUGA